AUCGGUGUGCAGCUGGUGGUUACCAUGGUAAUGGCCAGCAUAAUUCAGAAAAUCAUACCUCAUUAUUCCUUCGCAAGAUGGCUACUCUGCAGUGGCAGUCUGCGGUGGUACCAGCACCCCACGGAAGAUGAGUUGAGGAGCUUAGCUGGAAAACAACAAAAAGGACAGAAGAAAAAAGACAGGAAGUACAAUGGUCACAUAGACCAUAAACCUCUAACAAUUCCAAAAGACAUAGAUCUACAGUUGGAGACCAAGUGCAUCACAGAGGUGGACACACUAGCAUUGCAUUACUUCCCAGAGUUCCAGUGGCUGGUGGAUUUCACUGUAGCGUCGACAGUUGUGUACCUGAUAACAGAGCUAUACUACUGUGUGGCUCAGCCCUCAGGAGAGAUGAACAUCAGUGUAGUCUGGUGCCUGCUAGUGCUUGCCUUUGUCAUUAAGACCCUUUUCUCUCUAACGGCCCACUACUUUAAACUGGAGGAAGGAGGUGAGCGCUCGCUCUGCAUUACUUUUGCUUUCUUCUUCUUUGUCAAAGCCAUGGCCAUUCUCAUCAUCACUGAAAACUACCUAGAAUUUGGCCUUGAGUCCGGUUUUGCAAAUUUUUCUGACAGUGCUCUUCAGUUUCUGGAGCGCCAGGGCUUAGAGUCCCAGGGUCCCAUAUCUAAGCUCACCUUCAAGCUGAUCCUGGCCCUUCUCUGCUCUCUUAUUGGAGCGUUUCUAACUUUCCCUGGCCUAAGAUUGGCCCAGAUGCACCUAGAUGCCCUCAAUCUGACCACAGCCAAAGUAACACAGACUCUGCUUCAUAUCAACUUCCUGUCCCCUCUUAUCAUGGUCUUGCUUUGGGUGAAACCCAUUACCAAGGACUACAUAAUGAACCCCACUCUGGGGAAGGAAAGUGUGCCUUUAAUGACUGAGCAGACGUAUGAUACGUUACGGUUAUGGGCCAUCCUGCUGCUGUGUGUGCUCCGGCUAGCCAUGAUGAGACAUCACCUGCAGGCCUACCUCAACCUGGCCCAGAAGGGCGUAAAGCAGAUGAAGAAAGAGGCUGGGCGUAUCAGCACCGUUGACCUGCAAAAGAUGGUUGCACGUGUUUUUUACUACUUGUGCGUAAUCGCACUACAGUAUGUUGCACCAAUGGUGAUGUUGCUACAUACAACUUUGCUGCUAAAAACCUUAGGUGGAUAUUCAUGGGGGGUCUAUCCUGAAGAUGACCUGCCCUGCACUCAUACAAUGAACUCUGACCCUGCAAUGGUGGCAGCCCCAACACUAGCUCCCACGGUGGACCGGGCGUCAGUAGCCCAGCUCUCAGUGGCUCUCGGGGGCCUGCGGACUGUAUUCAGCCCCUUGCUUUUUCGGGGCCUCCUCUCCUUCCUUACUUGGUGGAUCGCUGCCUGCCUCUUCUCCACCUCCCUCUUUGGCCUCUUCUACCAUCAGUAUCUCAUGGCGGCAUAG